AUGUUCCAGGACCCAGCGUCGUCCAGGGCCUUUGUGUACUGGCGCACACGGGUCAACUCGCACCACACCGGCUUCCGCGCCAUGGAGCUCACCGACGACUGCACCAACGUGCGACGCGAGUCGGACCACCAGCUCUUCCAGACAGCCAACCGAGAGGCGCCGGCCGUCUUUCACGCUCGCGGCCAGUACUAUCUGUGGGCGUCUGGUACGGCGGGCUGGUCGCCGACGACCACGCACCUGUACACGGCGGACUCGCCGCUCGGCGCCUUCAACCGGAGCGGCUUGAACAACAGCCGCGGGUGGCUCGUGGGCUGGGACCCGCCGCCCAUUCCGGAGCCGGGGCAGCAUGGCAACCGGAGGGCAGACGGGCAGCCGGGAGAGUGGGCCUUUGGGUCGCAAUCGACGUUCAUCCUGCCCAACCCCCUCUUCGACGAGGUGCUGCAUCCGACGCUCGCGCCCUUCAUCUACAUGGCUGACCGGUGGACGCCGGACGACCUCUACUCAAUGGGGACGUACGUGUGGCUGCCGCUCUGGAUAGACCCGAAGAACGCCUCGCGCGUGCGUGUGGAGUGGCACGACAGCUGGCGGCUGGACAACGCCACCUCGCCGUUUUUGAGGGCUGUGACGGCCGGAGUGUGA